UAAGACAGACACACAUUUUCUCUCAGAAUCUCUAUCAUCGUUGUGCUUCCUCAGUUUUCCACUCAGUGUUUUUGUUGCUCCAGUUUUUCCAAGCUUAAGGCUACUCAUCAUUCUUUUGUACAAAUUAUUUGUCUCAUUCACCAUCGCCAUUAUACAUCUCCAUACUCCAUCCUUUUUAAUCACCUUCUUUACCAUUUCAUCUAUUCCCAUUUGCACUUGUCCUUUCCCAUUCCUUUCUCUCUGAACUCUUUGUUGUUUUCAUCCCGGUCUCAUCUCCACUUCACUUCACUGCCUCUCAGUUCUUUUGUUUUUAUGUUCUUUCUUCAAUGGAGGCUGAGGCACUUUACAGUUUCAGAGCGACUGAAUGUGAUGAGAUCAGUUUUCAGAAGGGUGACAUCUUGAAGGUGACAAACAUGGAUGAUGAUCCUAACUGGUAUACGGCUGAGCUGUUUGGUAGGCGGGGCUAUGUACCGAAGAACUAUAUCAAUGUAAGACCUCACACGUGGUUUGUGGGUGGAAUUUCACGACAGGCCGCAGAAAACCGCCUGAGACCGCUGGAGUGUGGAGCGUUUCUCAUUAGGGAGAGCGAGAGCACACCGGGAGAGUUCUCUGUGUCUGUCAGUUACGGGGACCAUGUGCAGCACUUUAAGGUUUUGAAAGAUGGACUAGGGCAGUUCUUCAUAUGGGAUGAAGUCUUCAGCUCCCUCAACCAGCUGGUGGACUUCUACAAAAUCAACAGCAUUGCCAAAGAGAGAACUGUCUUCCUGAAAGAGCCUGAGGGAUCAUUAGCUAGGCCACGUCAUGCCCAUGCCCUCUUUGACUUCACAUCUAAUCAUGCGACUCAUCUACGUUUCUUGCGUGGUGAUGUCAUCGACCUGCUCGACUGUUCGGAUGCUCAGUGCUGGAGGGGGCGGUGCCGUGGAAGAGUGGGCGUAUUUCCACCAGAGUAUGUGCAGCCAAUUUAUCACUGAAUUUCAGCUAUGUGUGUCACCACCCUGUACAGUUAAACAAACUGGAUGAGAGCCCAAGACAUAUUCAUCAGUCACACAUAUUCUUCAUAAAUCUGAAGGUAAACUAAACCUUAUUCAUCGAUGUUUGGUGCAUUAAAGUUUUUAAGGUUUGAAUUUAACCUUUGCCCAUCAUCUUUCUUGUUGACCACUUUCAGAAGGCAAAUUAGAAAUCAGUUAUAACUUGUCAGUAAACCAGUUUUGUAACACCUUUAAUGAACAUAACAGUUGCUUCCUGUUUAUUCUUCUUUCUUUAAAGUCAUUUCAAAUAAAGGUAUGAUAAUAGAAUUGGUGUAUCAACCUUGAACUUAAUGUUUUAUAUUGAGGCAUUAUCAUGUUUUUUUUCUUUUUUUUUCAAGCAGAAGUGAGCCAGACCUACUAUAUAUGUAUUUUAUUCAGUAUAAAGUUCUACAGUCAUGAGCAUGGGAAAUGUUAUUUUUAUUUUAUUAUUUCUUUUCUUUAUUGUGCUUAUGCUAUAAACAUAAUUUUGAGUAUUACUAAUGAUAAUUUUUGUGAUUUCAAAAAUGUAUUUAUUUUUGUGAAAAUACUUUCUCCAGUCCCAGAUUAAUAUGCAGAGACAACUUUAAAGCGUUUUCAUGUUAAUUUCUCUUUAAACACUGUGGCUUCGUGGUGCUAUCAAAACAUUUGCUCAACCAGUGAUGUAAGUUUGGGAUGGGGCUAUCAUUUCAUCCAAAGGCAGAUUGGGUGAGUGUCCAGGAUGCCUGUCACAAUUAUUUUUGUAAUUCUGUUUAAUGUCACAGAAAUUACACACUUCACCUUUUUUAAUUAUUAUUAUUACUUAUUAGAUUUUUAUUUUUACUGUCAUGUUGAAAUCAUGAACAUAGCUAAUUUAAUUUAGACCUCUAGUAAUUAUUAUGGAUUGCUAAUUUAGUUUCCUAAACAAUCAUUGCAAAAAGAUUUUGAAAAAAAAUAUUUAUGUUGUAAAAUACAGAGGUAAUUAUAAAAAGUAUUGUUUGGGAUACAUAAAAAUGGAAUAUAUAUAUAUAUACCGUAGUAUAGUAUAGUUUAUGUGUAUAUAUGUAUUUUUUGGUAAUUUCUGUAACUAUUAUUAGAGUGAGAGCAAGUUAUUUCAUUGUUAUCAUUCAUAUAUCUGUUCAGGAAGACCGCUGACUAAUGUUCUAAUGGAAAACAGUUGUUGGAUCCACCUAUGCCAUGUGAAAACAUUUGGAACAACUAGUGCUGUUUACGUAAUGACCAAAAAAUAAGCAAUAAUAAGGUGAUAUUAUUUUUUGAGUGACAUAAUUAAAAUAAUUACUCUGUACUGAUCAUUUCGUUUAUAACAAGCAAUGUAAUUUCAUUUACAUUGUCAUGUACGACGAGUAAAAUUAAAGGUUAAAUUGUUAUUUUUCUCCUGAAAAUGCUCCUGCUGUAUAAUGAUAUGCAAAAUAUACAGUAUAUCAGCAAGCAAGGCUUAGCUGCAACGCUGCCGUUCUGACAUGUAAUGCACUAAAAUAUGAGAUAGUCAAAUUGCUGACUCAAAUUUACACCUAUUAACAUAUAAAUUGCCUGUACACGUUUAGAUAGCAAGCAUUGCUAUUUAUGUUGUGUUAUGAUAGACACUUUAAAUCUAUAACUUUUGAAGAAAUAUAGCAAUGUCAGGUGUAAUAUUGUGUGAUGGUGUGAGGAUGUAUUUUACAAGCACAUUAUUGUCUCUAUGAACUGUCAACUCAAGGGAAAAAAUAAAUUUUCAUUUACACUUAUAUAA